CCCCCGCCUGCCCCGCCGCCCGCCGUUGCGUCUGCGCGGCGCGGCGGGCUCCGGCCAGUCAUGGCCGCCUCCGUGUUCUGCUGCUUCUCGUGGUGCAGGGAUGGAGGCGCCGGCCACAUCCCGCUGAAGGAGAUGCCGGCGGUGCAUCUCGACACGCAGCGCAUGGGGACAGAUGUUGUCAUUGUUAAAAAUGGCAGAAGAAUAUGUGGCACAGGAGGCUGCUUGGCCAAUGCACCUUUGCAUCAGAACAAGAGCUAUUUUGAGUUUAAAAUCCAGUCCACAGGGAUUUGGGGUAUUGGAGUUGCAACCCAGAAAGCAAACUUGAAUCAAAUUCCGCUUGGUCGAGAUGUCCAUAGCCUGGUGAUGAGAAAUGAUGGAGCUCUCUACUAUAAUAAUGAGGAGAAAAAUAGACUACCAGCAAACAACCUUCCUCAGGAGGGUGAUGUGGUGGGUAUUACAUAUGACCAUGUAGAAUUAAAUGUAUAUUUAAAUGGGAAGAACAUGCAUUGUCCAGCUUCAGGAAUCCGAGGGACUGUCUAUCCAGUGGUCUAUGUUGAUGACAGUGCCAUUCUGGAUUGUCAGUUCAGUGAAUUUUAUCACACACCUCCACCAGGGUUUGAAAAGAUCCUCUUUGAGCAGCAAAUCUUCUGAAUGUCUUCAUACUGAAAAUUUGCACCGUGCACUAUUAUAAAAGCUUUGUCAUCUAAAUAAAGCUUCACUUUACUUUUAGGAAACAUAUCUGUAUUUUUAGUAAGUACUUGUGACUGUUGUCUGCAGAUUAAUAUGUUAACUGCAACACCAGGUAACUGUGUUGCAAAUACGAGAUUUCUGACAAUGUUUUGUGAUUGAAAUUGAGUGUUUUGGGACAGGGUUUUUCUCUGAUUUGUACUUGAUCCCUAAGGAGACUAAGGGAUGUUAUUGUCAUCAGUAUUACGUUCAGUGUUUUGAAUAAACUGGAGCUCUCUAAAGCAAAUAGUUCUUAUGCAUAUGAUAGCUAUGGAGAUGGAUACUUCUCAUGGUUUUUUCCCCAACUUUUUUCAUACAGAAGUUACGUACUUUGUUUAAAGGAAGCACUGUGUUUCUGGUCUGUGAUUUGGAGUUGUGGUGUCCCAGUUGUGCACAAUGACUAAUAAUACGAUGGCAUAACUAGUAGCUAGAUACUUUUUUUUCACAAGGUGUAAUUUAUUCCAUUCCCUGAAUCCUAGGACUAGCAAAUAUAACUUAAUCUAUUUCUCCUAGCUUUUCAUUUGCUUUUAUUGUGAAGCUUACUAGUAAUACUUUUUUUCUUUAACCUUCCAAAGUAAACCUGAACACUACCUGUGUUUUUGAGGACCACCGUGCUGUGUUGCUCCGGCAGGAGAGUAAGUACAGAUCACUCAACUUGGGUAUGCAAAGAGCCAGGUGAAGGGUAUGAGAUGUUAUGGUGAAGCCUUACAUCUAAACUGUAAAUUACAUUAUUCUCUUAUGGAAUAGCAUAUUUAAUUUCUUUGUGAAUCGUUUGUAAAUGAUUAAUGGCUAAGACAUUGUUCUAAAAUGUGAUGCCCUUGAAUAUAAAUUGUGAGAUGCUUUUUUUCCCCUCUUGUCAUAUUUAAUAUACUUCCUAGAAGAAUUUUUAUUGUAAAGAAAGUCUUCAUACUGGAUGUUUGUUUUUAGUUUUUGGCUCUUCCUGGGUUAAUGCAUUUGCAUAAAUGAAUAAUUUUACUUAAAUAUUUUUAGAAAUUAUCUGAUUCUGAAAUUUUCAAAUACAAACAGCUUUCUCAAAGCCUUUCACCUUA